AUUUCAUUCCUUGUAGGCAGCAGGAAUCGAGUAUCGUGGUGAUGUAUAUGGUACAACUGUUAAAAUAAAUGUUUGGCAGCCAAAGGUGAAUAAAGAUAGUAAGGAUGUUAGUGCAACAUGGGUACAUAUUAAUAAUGGAGUGGGAGAACACACAGACAGGAUAGGUGCUGGUAUUAUGGUAAAUCCAAGCUUCAGUGGUGAUACCUCUGUUAGGUUUCAUAUUGCUUGGACUGAAGGCCUAGAAAAAAAGGUAUGCAUGGAUCAGAGCUGCCGUGGUUUCGUACAAGUCAACCGAAAGUGGGCUCCUGGUGUAAGAUUAGACCAUGUUUCCGUGUAUGAUGGACCACAGUGGGCGAUGAUAAUUAAAAUUUUCAAGGACCCGAAGACAAAGAAUUGGUGGGUGACGGAUGGUAAAAACAUACCGCUUGGAUAUUGGCCGAGCGGACUGUUCACGUUCCUCUACGACAAGGGAAAUUUUGCAUUCUGGGGAGGAAUUGUCCAGGGACCGACCGCCACGUCAAAGGCUGUGGAGAUGGGCAGCGGGCAUUUCGCCUCGGAAGGGUAUCGAAGGGCGGCUAUCAUUAGGAACAUCCAGAUCUUGAACAAGAACAACACGUACGUCACCCCCGAAGAUGAUCUGAAGCUCGCCCAUGGCACGAGCAACUCCACACUCUACACGAUCGACAAGUUUCGAGUCGAUACGGAUGGCCUGGGCAUGUACUACGGCGGACCAGGUUUAGUGGCAUGAGAAUGUAUGCUCAACAAAGAACAACCCCCGUUUGGAAAUAGAUGAUCCAAACUUGAGUUGAAAUUCCCAAAAAUGUCCUCAAAACCUUGACAACGCUUUGUCUGGAUACGGAGCAUAUGGAAUCAUGAUUUUUUGGUCA